ACGCACAGGGAUGGACCUGUAAAUGGAUACUGUCGUGCAGAGCUAACUUGUCUUACACAUACUUACCUGAUAAAAUAUACACUAAAUAACAAUCGUACUAAUAAUCAUCAUAAUAAAUGCCUUAAAGGCGCAAUGGGUCCAUUUUUUAAAAAAAAAGUUCAUCCUUGCUUGUACAAGUAGCACGGGAGUUCUUUAGAACAUGAUACAAAUGAAGUGCUCUGAAGCAUGCAGCAUUAUUCGCUGUGUUAACGUAAUUUCCACUGAAACAGGAAGUGAGGGCGGGACAUAUCGAGUGGCUCCUCCCUCCUUCGACGUGGAUGAAUUCAAGCCGUUUCCUCCUUAACCAACUUGCAGUUGGAAAACCGAAUAAAGCGCACAUGUUCGAACAGCCUGAGACGCAUUUACAACCCACGCAUGCUGAUAUGAUUCCUCUCGCUCAACAACGCCAACUUCAGUAAGGUGAUUUUCAUAAAGUUGGGGGCGGGACACUUCGGAUUCUAGAGAGCGUUCGAUUGGACAGAAAAUCUGAAGUGCGGAAUGAUGUCAUCAAAAUUGCUGAUUUCUGGUAGAGAGAAACUGUACAUUUUGAGCGUGUGUAUCUUCUAAAUGCGAAUCGUGUCAUUGUUUCACAGCACACGAGCUUCUAGAUAACCUUAAGCCUGACGUGUUCAUACUAAAACCUCCAUUUUGAUUUCAUGGGGACUUUAAGUCAUGACCCACCUACAUAACUGUUAUAGACCUAAUCUUGAUUUAAAAAAAAAAAAAAAAAGCUAAUCUUAUCUAACGCACCUUUAAAUUUGGCACAUCCUGUUGAAAUCUUAUGAUUAAAGAAUAAAACAUAACAGUGCUGCUAUAGGAAAAUAAUCACCGACAGGGUGAUCUAAUGUUUCAGUGAAUAAUUCUUAUGAGUGAUUGUCAGCCAUGCUGAUAUGGUGGAGGAGAUGACGUAUCAAAGUAGUUAUCAUCAGUGGAUAAUAUUUCUCUGGUCUUCCAGGCUUGUGAAAGAUUCCCUUAUUUGAACAUUGCAGAGGUAAGUACACUUUUUCAGAAAGGGUAGUAGAUUAAUUUGAGAGGUAGCCAAGGCAGUGUUUCCAUCUAGUGGACACUUUUAGGAACUGCGUGAUGAAGCCAGUAAUAUUUUUUUUUUUCUUUUCUUUUCUUUUUUUAAAGUUUGUGUGCUGGUGUUUCUCAUGUGGUUUUAGUUUCCCCUGUUUGUGUUAGAUUUUGACAGCUCAGCAGUGUUCUACAAACAUGAGGAAACUGACCUUUUUUGUUACAAAAGAACACUACUUCCAGUAUUACUGCAUGUCGAUCUGGUUGCUUCAGUAUGUGAGGCCUCAAUUCUGAUAUCACCGAAAUGUGGUCACAUUCCAGUAGUAAGGGUUUAACCCCUUAUUAUGUUAUGGAUCAAUUUGACCCAUUUCCAAUUUGACUUUUCCUCAUUUAGGGUCAUGAACUAUAAUAAUAAUAACUAUAAUAAUAAAGGUUUACUGUUUUAAGCUGUUCUUUGCUGUUUUUGUAUGAAUUUAAACUGUGGAAGUCAUUUUGGCCCAUAACAUAAUAGGAGGGUUUAACUAAACUAUCCUGCGUGUCCAAGUUUCUAGUAUUCCUUGUUUGUAGGUUUUGGCAUCACAAAUGCAUGUUUUCUGAUUGUAUGCAUCAAAAGAACUUGCACUCUAUGGCCAAAAGUAUGUGGGCACCACCUGACCAUGACACCCAUAUGUGUUGCUGAACAUCACAUUCCACUUUUCUGGGAAGGAGCGUGGCUGUGAUCAUUCAUCUGCAAGAGCAUUAGUGAGGUCAGGUACUGAUGGUGAGUGAGGAAGUCUGGGGUGCAGUCGGUGUUCCGGUUUAGGUCAGGGCUCUGUGCAGGACACUCGAGUUCUUCCACUCCAACCUUCACAGACCAUGUCUUCAUGGAGCUCGCUUUGUGCACAGCGGCAUUGUCGUGUUGGAACAGGUUUCUGCCUCUCAGGUCCAGUGACGGGGAAAUGGAAAGCGUGCUUCCAGAUUUGUGGAAGCAGAACAUAUGGUUGUGAUGGUCAGCAGGUGUCCAUCAAAAAGGAUUCAUGUGAUCAUGUGACCUUCCGCACCUCAUAUGUAGUUUGGGACACCAUCCAAGUCUGAAACGCUUCUCAAACCAUAUUUGGAAAGCCCCGCCUACUGGAGUUCUUAGCUCCGCCCAUUCUGGUAUAUCCCCCUGUUUGUGUUUGGAGCUGGCUCCGGUUGCAGAGAGCCCUCUGUCUCUCCUUCUCUCCUUCUCUCUCUCUCUCUCUCUCUCUCUGUCAUGCAGCACUCAGGAAUGGAGCUGCUGUUCCCGGCGGAUGAGGCGCACGUGAACGGGGACGCGACAGAGCACGCGACAGAGCACGCGGAGUCCGACCCUGCAAAGAAAAAGAAGAAAAAAAAGCGAAAGAAGAGCAAAGCCGCGGUUUCGGCAGGACAAGCUGAACUGGGGGAGGAUGGAGUCGUUGAGGACACGAGGAAGUCACUGGAGCAGCAGAGCUUGGAGGAAAGGGAGCGAGACGAGAACGGAUUAGAAGAUGGAGAUGAUGGAGACAGUUCUGCUGGGAAAAAAAAGAAGAAGAAGACGAAGAAAAAGAGUGGCCCUAAAACACAGACUGAUCCUCCUUCUGUGCCGAUAUGUGAGCUUUAUCCAAACGGAGUGUUCCCUGUCGGAGAGGAGUGUGAAUAUCCUUCCUCACAGGAUGGCAGCUUUCAAAGGCUUCAGUACUGCUUUCUGCUCAAGCCUUUUCUCCCUGAAACUGAACGCACCAGAAACGUAUGCAUCAGUGUUCAUGUCCAUGUGGGAACGGUUGUCCAGGCAGAGUGCCGCGUGGCGGAUGAGCAGCGAGGAGAAGCGUGUUCUAGACGAGGCCAGGGAGGACAUGUGGAACGAUUUCCGGCAGGCCGCGGAGGCGCAUCGGCAGGUACGACAGUACGUGAAGAGCUGGAUCAAACCAGGCCUGACCAUGAUAGACAUCUGCGAGCGUCUGGAGGAGUGCAGUAGGAAGCUAAUUAAGGAGAAUGGACUGAAAGCAGGUUUGGCUUUUCCCACUGGCUGCUCUCUCAAUAACUGCGCUGCUCAUUACACACCCAACGCAGGAGACCCCACCAUGCUGAAGUACGACGACGUGUGCAAGAUCGACUUUGGCACACAUAUCAACGGGAGGAUUAUCGACUGUGCCUUUACCGUCACCUUUAAUCCAAAGUAUGACCGCCUCCUUGAGGCCGUCAAAGAUGCCACCGACACCGGGAUCAAGUGUGCAGGCAUUGACGUGCGUCUCUGUGAUGUUGGAGAGUCCAUACAGGAAGUGAUGGAGUCAUAUGAGGUGGAGUUAGAUGGGAAAACAUACCAAGUUAAGCCAAUCCGCAACCUGAAUGGUCACUCCAUUGGUCAGUACCGGAUUCAUGCUGGCAAAACAGUUCCUAUUGUAAAGGGCGGUGAAGCCACCAGAAUGGAGGAAGGCGACGUGUAUGCUAUUGAGACGUUUGGCAGUACGGGGAAGGGAGUUGUGCAUGAUGACAUGGACUGUUCACAUUACAUGAAGAACUUCGACGUAGGACACGUACCAAUCAGGCUACCAAGAGCCAAACACUUGCUGAAUGUAGUGAAUGAGAACUUCGGCACGCUGGCGUUCUGCCGCCGCUGGCUGGACCGGCUCGGUGAGAGCAAGUACCUGAUGGCGCUGAAGAACCUAUGUGACCUGGGCAUCAUCGACCCCUACCCACCACUCUGUGAUGCCAAGGGCUCUUACACAGCUCAAUACGAACACACCAUUCUGCUGAGGCCCACGUGCAAGGAGGUGGUGAGCCGAGGAGACGACUACUGACACGCACCCACGCAUAGAUUGUUCUGUACAAAAGAAACUACACGGUCCAAAUGGGACACACACUAAUACGCACACUAAUAAUUGAAAGUAUUAACUAACUGACUGGAGCAGUGGAUGCUGCAACCUUUUGCAUGAAAAGCUAUAUGAAUUAUAAAUUCUAAACUAUGCAGGAGGACGGACAGGCUUCUGUAGCUGCUGUCCUGGGCCUUGUUUCUCCACACACUCAGAUCUUUAAGACCGUGACAAAUCUGUGUGUAUCAAUAGUGUGUAUCAGGAAAAGCUGAAUGGAUUCAGGCAUCAUCUCUGUAUUGGUACAAAUCUGAUCUUGCUCGCAGAGAUCUUUUAUUACCGAUGUUCUGUUAUUUCGAGACAAACGAGUUUCCUUUGCGCAUUCACGUCUCUCUCUGUUUUUCCACGACUUGCAUGACGAGCAUGAUGGAACAGUGGGACAUCGUCUGGUCCGCAAAAUAAUCUGGCCGCAAUUCCAUAUACGUACAGUCAGGUCCGCAAGUAUUCGGUGACGCAAUCUGACAGUGACGCACCGUUUUUAUAAUUUUGUCUCUGUACACCGCCAGAAUGGAUUUAAAAUGAAGCAAUCGAGAUGUGGUCGAAGUGUAAACUUUCCGCUUUAAUUCAGGGGGUUAAACAAAAAUAAUGCAUUAACUGUUUAGGAAUUAUAGACAUUUUCAACAUAAUUAUAAAUAUUAGGAUUAUUUUUGAAAAAUUGGAGGUACAUCCUUUGCAGUCAAUGACUGCCUGAAAGCUGGAACCCAUGGACGUCACCAAAUGCUGAUUUUCCUCCCUUGAGAUGCUUUGCCAGGCCUUUACUCUGGUGGGUCUUUCUGCCUUCAGUAAGUGAAAAGCAUACUCAAUUGGGUUGAGGUCAGGUGACCUUAAGAACAUUCUAUUUCUUUUCCUUUAGAAGCUCUUUGGUUGAUUUUGCGGUACUUUUUUGGGUCAUUAUCCAUCUGUACUGUGAAGCACCGUGCUAUCCGUUUUGCAGUAUUUGACUUAAUCUGAGCAGAAAUUAUGUCUCUGUACGCUUCAGAAUUCAUCCUGCUACUUCUGUUAGCAUUCACAUCAUCAAUAAACACCAGUGACCUAGUUCCACUGGCAGCCAUACAUGCCCAUGCCAUAACACUUCCUCCACCAUGAUUGACAGAUGAUGUGGUAUGCUUUAGAUCAUGAGCCCUUCCUUUCCUUCUCCAUACUCUUUGUCUUCCCAUCAUUCUGGUACAAGUUCAUCUUGGUUUCAUCUGUCCAGUGAAUCUUGUUCCAGAACAAGGGCAGGCUUUUUUAUUUUUAUUUUUUUUUAACCUAAUCUGGCCUUUCUGUACUUGAGUGUUAUCAGUGGUUUACAUCUUGAAGUAAACCGUCUGUGUUUACAGUCAUGAAGGUGUCUCUUGAUUGUAGACUUUGACAAUGACACGCCUACCUCCUCCAGAGUGUGCUUGACUUGGCUAGAUGCUGUGAAGAGGUUUCUCUUCAACAAGGAAAGAAUUCUGCGAUCAACCACUUUAGUUGUCUUCUGUGGUCUUCCAGGCCUUUUGGUGUUGCCGAGCUCGUCACUGCUUUCCUCCUUUUUUAAAAAAAUGUACCAGAUUGUUGAUUUGGCCACUCCUAAACUUUCUGCUAUCUUUCUCAUAUGUGUAUUUUGUUUCGUUUUUCCAGCCUAAUGACGGCCUCAUUCACUUGCAUCUUCGGACCGAAUACAUAGAGUUCCCAUGAACAGCUACUAAAUGCAAAUUCAACACUUGGAAUCAACUCUAAACCUUUUAUCUCCUUAAUUUGUCAUGAAAUAACGAGGAAACACGCCACACCUGGCCAUGAAACUGCUUAUCAGUCAAUUGUCCAAUUCCUUCCUGUGAAAAUGAAGGGACUCCACAAAAAUGGCUGUAAUUCCUAAACGGUUAAUGCAAUAUUUGUGUUAAUUAAAGCUGAAAGUCUACACUUGAAUCAUGUCUUGAUUGCGUCAUUUCCAAAUCCAUUGUGGUGGUGUACAGAGGCAAAAUUACGAAAAUCGUGUCGCUGUCCAAAUACUUAUGGACCAAGAUUUAAAUGACGUGGGAUUGUUUGGAACACACCAAUAGGCAGCACCAUUCGGUUUAACAGUAGACUAUAAUUCAUCGAGACAGGGAUUUCAUGAAACUGGGCGCUGCCUUACCUCACAGGACUGGUCCGGUUUUUAACGCCACACGAGGAGUGACCAAGUAUUAGGGAAGAAAUUACACAUGCGACUGAUUUCUUUUCUAUGUUAUAACAGUUGAGACCGAUAUGCGAGUAAGGCUUUCUGAAGCUGACCCACACUGUAGCAAUGCGGUUCAUUUACUUAUGCUUUCUACAAGAUUUUGAGGUAUUCGUGCAUAAUUAUACACACCGCUACAUCUUGGUCUGAUAGCACAUAGAUGAUUUACAAAAUAACUUAAAGUGAAGAAUUAUUCAAGGGCAAAAAUAAAUGUUUGUGCAGACAAAUAUUGACCGAAUUAAAUAACUGCCUUUAUACCACCGUGCUACUGAAUUCCCCAUUCUGAUUGGUCAGAAGUCGAUUGAUUUACUAUAAGAGCACUGAGAAGAAUUGUCUCUAACUGCAGGUUUACAUUCACGCAGUAACUCAAACAGGAGUGCUGUUUUACUAAAUAUCAACACACACAAAUUAGUGGAGCGGAACUAACUAUUGUAUAAUAAACAUUUUAGUACCUUAUCGUUUCUGUAGUAACUCUGUAGUAAAGUGUCUCACAGAACAACAUUCCACAACAUUAAAUAUACGGUAUAUAUGAAUAUACAGUAGUGCUUGGAGAAUUUUCUAUAUUUCUGCAUAAAUAUGGCCUAAAACAACAUCAGAUUUUCACACAAGUCAAACAACCCAGUUAAACAAAUGAGACAAAAAUAUUAUACUUGGUCAGUAUUACAUAUCUGUGAGGGGCAAAAGUAUGUGAACCUUUGCUUUCAGUAUCUGGUGUGACCCCCUUGUGCAGCAAUAACUGCAAUUAAAACAUGUCUGGUAACUGUUGAUCAGUCCUGCACGCCGGCUUGGAGUCCAUUCCUCAGUACAGAACAGCUUCAGCUCUGGGAUGUUGGUGGGUUUCUUCACAUGAACUGCUUGCUUCAGGUCCUUCCACAACAUUUCUAUUGGAUUAAGGUCAGGAUUUGACUAGGCCGUUCCAAAACAUGAACUUUAUUCUUCUUUAACCGUUCUUUUGUGUGUGUUUAGGGUCGUUGUUUUGCUGCAUGACCCACUUUCUCUUGAUAUUCAGUUUAUGGACAGAUGUCCUGACAUUUUCCUUUAGAAAUCGCUGAUAUACUUCAGAAUUCAUUGUUCCAUCAAUGAUGUCGAGUCGUCGUGUCCCAGAUGCAGCAAAACAGACGCAAACCAUGAUACUACCGUCACCAUGUUUCACAGAUGGGAUAAGGUUCUUAAUGGCGGAAUGCAGUGUUUUACUUUCUCCAAACAUAACGCUUCUCAUUAAACCUAAAUAUUUAUUUUGGUCUCAUCUAUUCAUAAAAUAUUGUUCCAGUAGACUUCUGGCUUGUCCACGUGAUCUUUAGCAAACUGCAGAAGAGCAGCAGUGUUCUUUUUAGAGAGCAGUGUCUCUCUCCCUGCAACCCUGCCAUGCACACCACUGUUGUUCAGUGUUCUGCUGAUGGUGGACUCAUGAACAUUAACAUUAGUCAAUGUGAGAGAGGCCUGUAGUUGCUUAGACGUUACCCUGGGUUCCUUUGUGACCUCGCAGACUUGAAUUUCUUUCAUUUGCACACAAUCUAUCGGACUGUGGAUUUGCAUACUUUUGCCACUCACAGAAAUGUAAUAUAGGACCACUUUCCUUAAUAAAUAAAUGACCAAGUAUAAUAUUUUUGUCUCGCUUGUUUAAUUGGGUUCUCUUUAUCUACUUUUAGGAUGUGUGUGAAAAUCUGAUGAUGUUUUAGCUCAUAUUUAUGCAGAGAGAUAGAAAAUUCUAAAGGGUUCACAAACUUUCAAACACCUCUGUGUGUAUAUAUAUAUUUAGACACGUCACACCACUCCAUCAGUGAUUAUUUUCCUCUAACAGCACCUGCCACCAUGUUUAUUUCUUUCUUAAGCUUCUGCUAUAAGUGAGUUUUGAAUAAACAAUUUUUUGUUCGUUUCUCUUGUUCUUGGUAAUCACAUGUACACGGCAGAUGCUGUAGAUUAGAUUGAGAUUAGAUUGUGAAAACUGCAGGGAAAGUUUUUUUUUUUUUUUUUUUUAGCUCAGUAGUUAAUAUUCUGAGCUAGUGAUGGAAAGGCUGUAGUUUCGAAUCCGAGGACAUUUAAUUGGUCAUAGCUAUA